AUGAAUAGAAAGAGUGAGGCAGAAGAGACGGCGGUGCCUGCAGUGACGGCGAUGGAAGUGGUUACAGCAGCUCCGGCAAGUUGUAGCCAUGAUGGCAGAUCGGAGAGGGGGUUGAUGGCGGUGGCGACGGCAGCACUGGCAAGCAGUAGCCAUGAUGGCGAAUUGGGGAGAGGCUACGAGGUAUUCCUGAGCUUUAGAGGGCCCGACACCCGCUUAACCAUUGCGGAUUCUCUCUACGAAGCCAUUAAACAUGCAGGGAUCCGCGUUUUCAAAGAUGACGAAGAGCUCCGAGUCGGUAAAGAGAUUAGAGGCAAUCUUUUGCAAGCGAUCAAUGAUUCCAGAAUUUACAUCCCGAUUUUCUCCAAAAACUACGCUUCAAGUAAGUGGUGCCUCCGUGAGCUCGCACACAUAGUGAAGUCAUCAAGAGACAAUGCUGAGAAAGUGGUACUCCCUAUAUUCUACGAUGUGGAUGCGGAUGAUGUUAAGCUAAAGACCGAGUUAUAUAGGCAAGACCUCCAAAAGCACAAGAAUGACUCCGGGAAGGAUACAUCGAAGGAGUGGGAGGAGGCUUUAAAAGAGGUUGCCAGAAUUAAAGGAUGGAAUCUAAAAGAUUACCGCCUACAUAGACUUACAAACCUCAUGGUGGAAGAGGUUUCUAGUUUGUUAUGGACAAGACGGACGGACAUGCCGAAUCAUUUGGUGGGAAUUAAGGAUCGAAUGGAUCAUAUUAUGAAGCUGUUAGAUCUAAGAGCUUUUGAUGUACGGUUUAUCGUGAUUCACGGUAUGGGUGGUAUCGGAAAGACGACAUUGGCCGAGGCCAUCUUCAGGCAUAUCUCCCCUCAAUUUCGGGGUCAUUGCUGCUUUCUUAAAGAUGUGCGGACUAAUGAUAUAAUAAACUUACAAAAUAAAUUGUUGUUUGACAUUCUCAAUCUUAGUCGCACGAACCUCUCCUUCAUUGAUGAAGGGGCUGAUGUGAUCAAGACAAGGUUUCUUGGCAAGAAAGUCCUCAUUGUUCUUGAUGACAUUGACAAUAAGGACCAAAUCAUGGGACUUGCAGGUGAGCCCAACUGGUUUGGUGGGGGUAGUAGAAUCAUCAUAACAACAAGGAAUAUUGAUUUCAUGGUAAAGGAAGGUGAGGAUGACAACCUCACAGUCCCUAGUAGCGGACAAUUUUCAUUCUACAACAUGUCAGAGUUGAAUUCACAUGAUGCUCUUCAACUUUUCUGUGAGCGUGCCUUGGGAUGUGCCAAGUCUCCACCUGGUUACGUGGAUAUCACAAAAGAGCUAAUCAAUGCGCUAGGAGGACUUCCAUUGGCUCUCACUGUCGUAGGUUCGAUGCUCCGUGGAAAAUGCCGAAGAACAUGGGAAGAUGCCCUAUGUAAGUUAAAGUUGGUGAUGAAUGAGGAUGUCAAAAAGAAGCUAAUGAUAAGCUAUGAAGCAUUGGAGCCUAAUCAACAACAAAUUUAUCUUGAUAUCACAUGUUUCUUCAUCAACAAAGACAAAACAAUUGUAGUUAAAUAUUGGGACACGAUUUUUGGUUAUCCGACUGAAAUCGAGGUCAAUAUCCUCAAACGUAUGUCUCUGAUAAAGAUAUCCAGCGAUAAUAAACUAAGGAUGCACGACCAACUUAGAGACCUCGGAAGGAGUAUUGUCCACCCAAUGCGUGGCGAGACCCAUAUGAGGGGUAGCAGGUUGUGGUCUCCCCAAGAUGCCUUUCAUGGAACCAAAGACAUAGUGGCGCUCAAUCUAGGUACACUUGGCCUGAGUAAGACGUACAGAUUUAAGCGCAAGCAAUUUAUGGGCUUGGUCAACCUUAGGUUCCUUCAAUUGGACCAUGGAAAUUUUGAAGGAGACUUUAAGGAUCUUUUCUCUGAGUUGAGAUGGCUCUCUUGGAGCAAUUGCCCAUCAAAAUUUCGAGCUAACAACUUUGGGUUGAAGAACUUAACUAUUCUCAUGCUAUCUGGGAAUAACAUUACCAAAGACUGGGGAGGAUGGCGUCAAAUCAUGCUUUCUUUGGCCAGUGAUGUGGACUUAGAUGCUAGAGCUCGUAUGACAGAGGGAUUUAGCGGAGUAGAUCUUCAAGCUUUGCUUUCAAAUGCGCAGCCUCAAGCUGUUCACGAUCUUCUCGACAGUAGGGAGGGGGUAUUUCAACUCCAGAUUCUGAUAGUGGCUGAUUAUGCAUCUGUUGGAGUUAAUCCCUACAAUAAUCUCUUUCUCAUAUGGGAACACGACAUCUAUGGAACAAUUCAUCAGGCUGAAGGUGCUGGUGAAGGAGAUGCUGCAGCAAUACAAGCUGGUCGAGAUGAAACUCCUAGCUCAACAGAGGGAUCUCCAGGUGUGAUGUUGUAUUCUGCUCUGUCAGUUUGGCGUAAUCGCUGGCUUUCUCUAAUUCGUAUUUUUGCUGGCAAAGAGUUGCAUUUCGUUGUUCAUUUUCUUCGUGUGAUCACAAACAAAGACCCGGAUUCAAUUUAUAGUAUGACCAACGCAGUGUUGAAAUGUUGCGCAAUGGUUAACAUGGAGGAAAAAAUUCCUGAUAUUGAGAAGUGUUUAGAGAUAGUCGCCACUCUACAGGCCAAGAAGAGUUCCGGUGAGGCUUUGAAUCUUGAAAUAAUUGCAGUUACUUACCUCUGA